CAUGAGUAAAUGACGUCAGCUCGCAGGUCGCCAGGCAGUGAAACAAACAUGGCGACAGAAUGGAGCGGACAGCAGGGUUAUGUUCUCACCGUUAUCAUUUUUCUGUGGAGUGUGAUCGGUGGCCGGACAGAGACGGCUGUCAGCGGCAGUGGGGGUGGCAGCGGCGGGGCACAGGUGUUAGGCAUGCGUCUAGAGAGAAGCGACAAGCCCGCCACCACCAAUGACGACGGUGUCAUCCAGGUGACUGAGGAGAGCUCGGUCCUGCUCCGGUUUUACGGGGUGCAGCUUCAUUCUGGUACCUGGACACAAAUUCGCUUCACAGAUUUGUCGGACAGCAGAGAGGGGGAUGCUGAAGAGGAGGAGGAGGAGGCAGCGGCGGUGAGGGGUGGCAGCGGAAUGAUGCUGGACAUGGACAGGACUUGCACUGAUUUUACUAAAGACAUUAGCGUAGGGACCUUUAUGAACGUGAGUCGCAAAGGAACAUCAGGUCUACUUAAUAUUAACGUCAAACCCCUUCGGAAGAGUGAACCGCACAAGUCUUAUGCACUGUGCACCCUGAGCAAUGAUGGGAGCACGUGGGUGAUGUUGGGAGGCAGUGAUUGCAAGGUGGUUGUUGUGGAGGAGAAGGGCUCGCUGCUGCCCAUGUGGUUUCAGGUCAUCCUCAUAUCCUGCCUACUGGUCCUCUCUGGGAUGUUCAGUGGCUUGAACCUGGGAUUGAUGGCUCUGGACCCCAUGGAGCUUCGCAUUGUCCAAAGCUGUGGUACAGAUAAGGAGAAGAAAUAUGCCAGAAAGAUUGAGCCCAUUCGUAGCAAAGGGAAUUAUCUUCUCUGCUCCUUGCUGUUAGGAAAUGUCUUAGUCAACACCACGCUCACCAUUCUUCUGGAUGAUCUCAUAGGGUCAGGUUUGGGCGCUGUAGUUGCUUCCACCAUUGGCAUUGUUAUAUUUGGAGAAAUUGUUCCUCAGGCCUUAUGUUCUCGCCAUGGACUGGCUGUGGGCGCAAACACCAUUAUGGUUACCAAAUUUUUCAUGUUGCUGACCUUCCCGCUGUCCUAUCCUGUGAGCAAGCUGCUGGACGUCCUAUUGGGCCAGGAGAUUGGCACUGUGUACAACAGGGAGAAGCUUGUGGAGAUGUUGAAAGUGACAGAGCCCUACAAUGACCUGGUCAAAGAGGAACUCAACAUGAUCCAGGGAGCUCUGGAGCUGAGGACUAAAACUGUGGAGGAUGUGAUGACCCCUCUUGCAAACUGCUUCAUGAUUCAGUCCGAUGCGGUGCUGGAUUUCAACACCAUGUCAGAGAUCAUGGAGAGUGGAUAUACUCGCAUACCAGUCUAUGAUGAUGAGAGGACUAAUAUUGUGGACAUUCUGUAUGUGAAGGACCUGGCUUUUGUUGAUCCAGAUGACUGCACAACCCUGAAGACCAUCACAAAGUUCUACAACCAUCCAGUGCACUUUGUGUUUCAUGACACCAAGCUGGAUGCCAUGUUGGAGGAGUUCAAAAAAGGUAAAUCCCACUUGGCCAUUGUCCAGAAGGUCAACAAUGAAGGGGAGGGCGAUCCUUUCUAUGAGGUGCUGGGAUUGGUCACUUUAGAGGACGUCAUUGAAGAGAUCAUCAAAUCAGAGAUCUUAGAUGAGUCUGAUCUUUACACUGACAACAGAAACAAGAAAAAAGUUGACCCCAAUAAAAACAAGCGUGACUUUUCUGCUUUCAAACAAGAAGGUGAUUGCAAAGUCAAAAUCACACCUCAGCUGAUGUUGGCUGCUCAUCGCUUCCUGGCCACAGAGGUGAAUCUGUUUGGCCCUUUUCAAAUCACAGAGAAAGUUCUCUUGAGGAUCUUGAGGCACCCAGAUGUGAUUGAGGAACUGAAGUUUAAUGAGAGUGACAAAAGGUCAUCUAAGCACUACCUCUACCAGAAGGGAAAACCUGUGGAUUACUUUAUACUCAUUCUACAGGGCCGUGUUGAAGUCGAAGCUGGAAAUGAAAACAUGAAGUUUGAAACAGGGCCUUUUUCUUACUAUGGGGUAAUGGCUCUGAGCACAACAGCCAUGGCUGUUACCCCUCCUCCUUCUCCAUCAGUGGCAUCCCCCCCUCCACGACGCCUCUCUCUUAAGAGGUUUUCUGUAUUUUCUCGUUUCCCAGAGUUUCGCUCCCCAUCUCAUGGAGGGAACCUGAACCGCUCGGCUUCUCUGAGUUGCACAGAGCGUGUUCCUGAAGGAAGUUCUGUGAGUGGCAGCAACAACCAGCUUCCGGGCACGCCCUUUCAGUACAUCCCAGACUUCUCUGUUCGCGCCCUCACCGAUCUACAGUAUGUCAAGAUCACUCGUGCUCAGUAUCAGAAUGGCCUCUUGGCAUCUAGACUGGACAGCACACCUCACUCUCCCGAUGGCAGCCAAACUCACUUGGACAUCACUGCCUCCAUACCCCCUGUGACACCUCCAUCGAGCCGCUCUCCACUGCCCCUGGCCACCCCUCCGGCGAGGAGACCUUCCUCUAACAUACAGCCCACUCCCCCAGGGGGGCGUAUGGUCCCAAACCCUACGGGCUGUAACCGCAGGCCAAGCCAGUGUCUGCCACAGCCUGUGCCCUCUGCCAGUAACCACUCUCCUCUGUCCCAAACAUGUCCCCCUAACCCACACAUGGCUGUUACAUCACCCCAUUCCUCUAUGGCCCAGCUAACUGCAGCUGCUCCUGCCUCUGGGAAUGGACCAGAGGAGACCACCAGUCUGCUCAGCGAGCAGCAGAACUGUGUGGGGCCACUCAGGCCCAGCCACACCAUCAGCCAUGCACACACAGAGAGCACCAUCUAAACCAGGCUCCAUGGAGAGCCUCAACAACUACCUGUGCACAUUUCCUCUCCUGAUUUUUGCACUUCUGUCAUCAACAGAAGCUUAUGAACAGACAAAGGUUCAGCUUACCUUUCCUGCAUGAUCCCCUCUUAUAAUAAUAAAAUUAGAGUAGAGAAGCAUUGAUCACAAAUAUAAUCACCACAUAAAAUGUGCCUACUUAAAGCUCCGUCAUUUCAGAAUACAUAUUUUAUUUAUGUCUUCAUCUUGAUAAACUUGUUAUUGAACCAUGUAUAUUUUAAUGAAGAUUUUAUCAUUUGUGCUUUUUUUUUUUAACCAAAGAAACCAGUUGUGCGUAUUUCUCUCUAGAUUUUAUUGUUAUUUCAUUUUUAUUUGUUACUUGUCUCCGGUUAUAGCAGAAGAAGAUGGAUGGACAUUUUUGUUGUUGUUUGGCUUUUAUUUUAAGAGCAUCUCUGUUUAAAGCUUGGGGUCAAAACUAUUGUGAUUUCAUUGAACUGAACCUUUAAGUAGGCACAUUAUCUUUUAGCAUGUUCAGACUUGCACUAAAUCUGUCUGGCAUACAACGUUUACUCUUGGGACCCACGUUCUUUUUUUCCAAUGUCAUUUGUUCUGUGAGGGAAAAUAAGGAAGGUUUGAAGGUCUUGAAUCUUUUUGAAUACCAGCAAACUGACUGAACCACUGUAAUGAAAGGGGCUGUGUUCUCAGCCAUGAAUCGAGAAUUGUUUUUUAUUUUUUACUUUGAAUUAAGUUAUUUUGCAGCUUAUAUAUUUUCCUGCAGUCCAUUGGUUCCAUGCAUUACAACAUUACAUUUUAGAAGGUUGUCGUAGCUUACAGUUGUGUACGUGUAUAACUUAUGUACCCUUAAUGUGGGUGCACAACUAGGCCUGUCACAAUAACAAAUUUUGAUACAAAUAUUGCUACUGAAAAUUACAGGUUAAAUAAUACUUUUUAAGACUGCUAUGCCAUUGAU